AUGGUUUGGUACAAGCUCACCACAGGCAGGAAUAUCCACCAUGUGGCUAAGGCAGAUAUGUUUUACAAAUUGGUCCGUUACCAUGAUAACUUCAAGGAUGGGCGUUUUAAUUUAACGCUUAAAGAAGGAACCUCUCACUUAAAUGUAUAUUCUACCAAGCCAGAGGACGCUGGAAUCUACUAUUGUGGAGUCUUACGAUUGAACUAUAUAGAGUUUGGACAAGGGACACUUUUGGUGCUUAAUGGUGCAGAUUUAAACAGUACAGUUACACAGCAGCCAGUGUCAGAAUCAGUCCAUCCAGGAGACUCUGUGACUCUGAACUGUACAAUAAACACUGGGACCUGUGAAGGAGAACACAGUGUCUAUUGGUUCAGACAUGACUCAGGAGAAUCUCCUCCAGGAAUCAUUUCUACCAAUGGAGACAGGAGUGGUCAGUGUAUGAAGAGCCCUGAGUCUGGGUCUCCUACACAGAGCUGUGUCUACAACCUCCCCAAGAGGAACCUCAGCCUCUCUGAUACUGGGACUUACUACUGUGCUGUGGCCUCAUGUGGAGAGAUACUGUUUGGGAAUGGGACCAAGCUGAAUGUUCAAGCACCCUUAAAUGAUAUGGUCACUUACAAGAAUUUACAGAUAUAUUUUCCUUUUGAUCUGAGUCCUACUGUUCUUGUCUUGAUACUGUCCAACAUUUUUCUGAGUCUGCUUCAGUGA